AUGUUAAGGAAACUAUUUCCAAGAAUAUAAUAAUUGGGAACUCUGAAAAGAAUAUUGAAAUUUUCAAAGUAAGGAUAAGAGAGUAAAAUAAAAGUAUAAAUUAUUUUUAAUCAAUUCGCUUUCAGACCUAUGUAGAAAUAUAAAAUAGAGAAGUAACAAUAAGCCAAUCAUCAGGCUUAAUAGUUUAUUCAGAAUCCCUUAAAAGAAUAACUAAUUAGAUAUGAAUAUAUAAGAGAAAUGUCUAAAAUUAGUCUUGUUAUUAAGGGAAAAUGAACAUUUAGUCAUAGAAAUGAAAUCGAUUCAUAGAUGGAGAUGAUUAAAGUGUAAUUUAUAUAGAUAAAGAUUGGAAGUAGAAUAAUUAAAGUUUAAACAGAAUUCAAGCAGGUGACCAAAUUAAAU